AUGCCUCCGUAUAGAAUGGAUAGAAAAUCUGCUAGAAUAAAAGCAGAGUUGCAAAGAUAUGGUUGGAGAGUUUCGAAGAAGUUUAAAUAUAGGAAGGGAAGACCCAUAAAAGUCUAUGACAAAUUGUCUGGUCUUCGCUACGAAAUGGACUUAGAAACAGCGCGCGCCAAUUAUCCAAACAGACUAGAGAGGUUAGAAGAAGAACGUCUUAUGGACAUGCCUUUCGAUGUUAGUGAACCUCAAGUUGAAGGACACGACGGCUUUGCCAGAUUCUACUGGAAACAUGACGAACAA